GAUGACUUUCCAUCCUCUGUUUCUCAGUGGCAAUAUCCCCACCUAGUUUUUAUAACUAAUCGAUAUUCCUUAUCGUGCAUUGGAUCCCUCAUAUGGGAUGAUUUUGUGCUCACAGUUGCGGAAUGUAUAACAAGGUACGAAAAACAACGUCUAUAUGCAUGAUAAUUUAAACUAAAUUGAGUAUUCUAUUUUGUGCAGCCAUUCCAUCGCUGGUUUAGAAAUAGCAAUAAACAGUCUGGAUCAGGAGAGCUGCCUAACACGUAAAAUUGCACAAACGUUUACGCAUCCUUACUACCCGCAGCGCAACCAGGCAAUAUACAACAUAGCAUUAAUAAAGCUGGACAAAAGCGUCCCGUAAGGUCAUUCAGGAGUGGUAUCAUCGCUUUCGCCUCUAACACUUUUUUACAAUUUUUAUUAUAACAGCACAAGUCUAGACGCAAUACCUGCAUGUUUAUGGAAGGAGAAUGAAUUGCCAGUUGAUCAGUCAGCGCACGCUGUUGUAUCCACGGGACUGGGAAGAAAGUUAGACUCAUACUUUUAUACAUUUGAUCACUUUAACAAAACUGAGUACGUUACUCCAACCGCGAAGACAAAACACAACAACUGCAAGCCCAAAAGAUCAAAGUUUAUUUUUGCGAUGGUCAAACAGAAGGAAAAACAUGUGCCUCACUUGGUUGCUGUCAGCUGUGAAACAUCUGCCACGAAAACAUUGAUGCCCAUCGCUACACUGUUACCCUGGAUAACGGAAGUAUUGCGACAGAACAGUACGAAACAAUAUUUCGAAUUCAUCGAACUAGAUUCAUGCCCCGAUAACCACUAUGACAUACGUGCUUAUGAUUUUAAUGUUCCUAAUGGCAAUCCUAUAUUUGACCCAUGCGAAGCGCAUUUUGAAAAAAGCGACCAUCAAGUACGAAUCGUUCAAACAGAUGAUAACGAGAACAACAACAUCGUCUGUUACGGAGCUCUCGUUCAACGUAAUGCUGUGGUCACUUUAGCGGAAUGCGUCGUGAAUCUUAGCGCCGAUGAACUGAGAGUUGCGUUUUCCGAUUUUUCCAUGAAUGUUCGAGACGUUGUUGUGCAUCCAGAGUUUGGCGACGCUAGUGACAUCUUCGUUAACAACAUAGCGGUGUUGAUGCUGGAAUAUCCCGUGCCGUUCUUUUCUGUCUCUACGGGGUGGUACGAAGAUACAUUGGCCAGUGAAGAAAUGUGGAUCUCCGGAGACUAUAAGGAACGCAUGCUUCCGAAUUGUGAUCCAUCCAGUGAGUAGUUUUGCUACGGCGGUAGAGCAUUAGAAAACAACAACUAAUUGCUGAAACAAUCUUCACACCCUCAU